AUGGCCACUUACAGCUCCUACUCCCUUGUUGCCUGCCUCUUCUUCGUCUUCCUUUUAUCCUCAGCUCCCAGGAGCCAUGGCGGCAGCAUUGCCAUCUACUGGGGCCAGAACGGCAAUGAGGGUACCCUUGCCGAGACAUGCGGCACUGGCAACUACGCCUUCGUCAACAUUGCCUUCCUCUGCAGCUUCGGCUCAGGGCAGAUCCCACAGCUCAACCUCGCAGGCCACUGCGACCCCUACUCCAAUGCUUGCACCAACCUCACAACAGACAUCAAGUUCUGCCAGUCCAAGGGUGUCAAGGUCAUGCUUUCCAUCGGAGGAGGCGCUGGAGGCUACUCGCUCAACUCCAAGCAAGAUGCUUUCAAGCUUGCCCAGUAUAUCUGGAACAAUUUCCUCAGUGGACAAUCAGAUAAGAGGCCACUUGGCGAUGCAGUGCUUGAUGGUGUGGACUUUGAUAUCGAGGGAGGAAACCCAGACUACUACGGAGCUCUUGCGGCAUACCUCAAAGCCUACAGCGGCAAGGGGAAGGAGGUGUACCUGUCAGCAGCGCCGCAGUGUCCUUUCCCAGAUCAGUGGGUCGGCAAAGCCCUUCAGACAGGGCUCUUUGACUAUGUGUGGGUUCAGUUCUACAACAACCCACCUUGCCAAUACACACAGGGGAGCAUUGCCAACCUGAUGAACUCCUGGAACCAGUGGACAACAGGGAUCAAUGCUAAAUAUAUCUUCCUAGGGUUGCCGGCUGCACCAGAUGCGGCAGGAACUGGGUUCAUACCAGUGGGGAGCCUCGAGUCUCAGGUGCUUCCGGCAUUGAAGAACUCAACCAGGUAUGGGGGCGUGAUGCUGUGGUCCAAGUUCUACGAUGACCAGGAUGGAUACAGCUCGGCCAUCAAGAACUCAGUCUGA